AUGGACCCAUUCAAUCUAAAAUUGCCACAGAAUGAGACCAACGAGAUCUUAGCUGCUGUUAAUGAUGAUAUUGAAGGGCAAAAGAUGCAAGAAGUUGAUGUAUAUGAUUACUCCAAACGAGCACAGUGGCUUAGAGCUGCUGUUUUAGGUGCAAAUGAUGGUUUACUAUCGACUUCAGCUUUGAUGAUAGGAAUUGGGGCUGUCCGGAAGGAUGUGAAGACGAUGAUCCUUACCGGAAUAGCGGGUUUGGUGGCCGGCGCUUGUAGCAUGGCAAUCGGGGAAUUUGUGUCGGUGUACUCACAAUAUGACAUAGAAGUGGCUCAAUUUAAGAGAGAAAAUAGGGCUAAAAAUGUUGAAAAAAUUAUAAUGGAUGAGGCCAAGAAAGAGAAAUUGCCGAACCCUUUUCAGGCAGCUGCAACAUCGGCCUUUGCUUUCGCCAUUGGAGCAUUGGUGCCUUUGCUGGUGGCGGCGUUCAUAAGUGACUACCAGGUAAGGUUAGGAGUGGUGGUGGUCGCCGUGAGUGUUGCACUUUUAGGGUUUGGUGGAGUUGGGGCUUUUUUAGGGAAGGUACCUCUUGCAAAAUCUUCCUUGAGGAUGUUAAUUGGAGGGUGGUUGGCAAUGGGAAUCACUUUCGGUCUUACCAAAUUGGUCGGUUCAACUGGACUAUAA